UCUCGUGUCCCCAUCUGAAUUUCCCUUCUUUUUUUUUUGCUUCUCCAAGUUGACUGUUAACUGUCCCACCUUGCUUUUGAAGUUGUCUCCUGAUUGGUGUGCUCCCCCUCCCUUACGUCACUCGGAAUAUGACGUUGAUUCUUCCUGUUUCCUCCAGCUGUGUCUUAAAGUAAAUCUUGUGGUAGCGCGGAGCCUCAGCUGAGCUCUGCCUGCUGAACUAAUACAAUUACAGCCAGCCAAAGGAGAGGAGCACAAAAGAUCUCUCUCUCCCUCUCUCUCUCUCUUGCCUUCUCCCAGCUUCUCUGUACUCUGCCUCCUGUUUGUUCUGUUAGCUUCACACACACACUCAUACACACACACACACAUACACUCUGUCUCUUAGUCAUUCAGACACACACAUACACACACGCACUCACACAUCCUCCCUCCCUUGUCAAAUUGUACUGCUCAUCAGCAGAUAGACCAAGCAUCGUGGCUCCUGUCUUUGACCGGCAAGAAGGAUCAGUUUGCAAGCACAUCUUGAGGUCCCAGGAUUCUCGAGCUGUGCCCAGCUGACAAGCUUUUGAAGAUGGCACAAUAACAGUCCAGUGAUGCCUGACCAUGACAGCGCAACCCUCUUAAGCAGGCAGACCAAGAGAAGAAGAGUUGACAUUGGAGUGAAAAGGACUGUAGGGACAGCAUCUGCAUUUUUUGCUAAAGCAAGAGCGACGUUUUUCAGUGCCAUGAAUUCCCAAGGUUCCGAGCAUGAUGUUGAGUAUUCAGUGGUGCAGCAUGCAGAUGGGGAAAAGUCAAAUGUACUCCGCAAGCUGCUGAAGAGGGCGAACUCCUACGAAGAUGCCAUGAUGCCUUUUCCAGGAGCGACCAUCAUUUCCCAGCUGUUGAAAAAUAACAUAAACAAAAAUGGUGGCGCUGAGCCUGUUUUCCCAGCCAGUGGGCUCUCCAGCACAGGCUCUGAGAUACAUCAGGAGGAUGUAUGCAGCAACUCUUCAAGAGACAGCCCCCAAGAGUGUCUUUCUCCUUUUGGCAGGCCUACAUUGAGCCAGUUAGAAAUGGAACGUUUGUGUGAUGAACACCUGAGAGCAAAGCGUGCCCGGGUUGAAAAUAUAAUUAGAGGUAUGAGCCAUUCCCCAAAUGUGGCCAUGAGGGGCAAUGAAAAUGAAAGAGAGGGAGCCCCUCGGUCCAUAAGCCCCCGAGAAAGCUAUCGAGAGAACAAGCGCAAACAAAAACUGCCUCAGCAGCAGCAACAGAGUUUCCAGCAGCUGGUUUCAGCUCGAAAAGAGCAGAAGCGAGAGGAACGUAGGCAGCUGAAACAGCAGCUGGAGGACAUGCAAAAACAGCUGCGCCAGCUGCAGGAGAAGUUCUACCAGAUCUACGAUAGCACUGAUUCCGAAAAUAACGAAGAUGGCAAUCUUUCCGAAGACAGCAUGCAUUCUGAACUCAUUGAUGCUAGGGCUCGGGAUUCUGUGGGCAGGUCAGACAGUGAAAUGUUUGACUUAGAUCCAGGGCAGUUCAUUGAUCGUGCCAGAGCCCUUAUCAGGGAACAUGACAUGGCACCAGAUAAUCAACGCAAAAGAGAGAGACCUAAAGACAAAGAUCAUUUGCAUAGCAUUUUUCAUCCUGAAGGUAAACACUUGGCAGAAACACUAAAACAAGAACUGAACACAGCCAUGUCCCAGGUAGUGGACACUGUGGUCAAAGUGUUUUCUGCCAAGCCUAUACGCCAACUUCCUCAGGUCUUCCCACCCCUCCAAAUGCCUCAGGCCAGAUUUGCAAUGAGUGGAGAAAACCACAACUUUCAUACCACUAACCAACGUCUGCAGUGCUUUGGCGAUGUCAUCAUUCCAAACCCCCUGGACACAUUUGGCAAUGUUCCGAUGCCUAAUUGUUCUAAUGACCAAACUGAAGCUUUGCCUUUAGUUGUCCGAAAAAAUUCAAAUGAACAGGCUGCUGCAGGGCCUCCUCCAAUUGGUAGUCACCAUCCUUCAUUGCAUCAGUCCCCUCUCUCAGCUGCUGCUAGUUUUUCAUCCUCUUCUUUCCGCCACCCAUUCCCUCUUCCGCUUAUGGCUUACCCAUUUCAAAACCCUUUGGGUGCUCCAUCAUCAGCCUUUCAAGGAAAAGACAGGUCAUCCCCAGAGUCCCUAGACUUGACCAGGGAGACUACCAGUUUGAGGACCAAGAUGUCAUCCCACCACAUGAACCACCACCCUUGCUCUCCAGUUCAUCCACCCAGCUCAACAGAUGGGCUUUCCCUAUCCUUCAUCAAAUCGGAGUGUGGAGACAUGCAAGAUAUGUCUGACAUUUCACCUUACUCGGGAAGUGCAAUGCAGGAAGGUCUGUCUCCAAAUCAUUUGAAAAAGGCCAAGCUUAUGUUUUUCUACACACGCUACCCCAGUUCCAACAUGCUGAAAACCUACUUCUCCGAUGUGAAGUUCAACAGGUGCAUUACCUCCCAGCUCAUCAAGUGGUUCAGCAACUUCCGGGAGUUUUACUACAUCCAGAUGGAGAAGUAUGCCAGGCAAUCCAUCAAUGAUGGGGUGACCAGCACUGACGAACUGUCCAUCACUCGAGACUGUGAGCUCUACCGGGCCCUCAACAUGCACUACAACAAAGCCAAUGACUUUGAGGUUCCGGAGAGAUUCCUGGAAGUGGCUCAGAUCACGUUACGAGAGUUUUUCAAUGCCAUUAUCGCAGGCAAAGACGUUGAUCCUUCCUGGAAGAAGGCCAUCUACAAGGUCAUCUGCAAACUGGACAGCGAGGUCCCUGACAUAUUUCGCUCCCCAAACUGCCUCCAGGAGCUUCUCCACGAAUAAACAGAAAAGAGAAAAUUCCACGGCUGGUUUUGAAUGUACAAAAGUGACUUUGUACCCCCCACCCUUCUCUUUUUCCUUGAGAGCCCCUCCUCUAUUUCAGAGUGUGUGUGAGUGGUUUAAGCUGUGCAUCUAUAAUACCCCCUGACAUAUAAACUAUGUAUUACAUUUUAUUUAUAUUCUUUAUUAAUUAUAAGCAUGGGGCUAGCUGUUAUAUGUCACCCCCCUUCACUAAACGAUUUAUCGAGCUCCCUGUUAAAUAGAGUAUGGAGAGAUGAGAUUGACAUGUAAAUAGCAUUUUAGGGCAUUUUAACCCGAUACAUGGAAGAUUAUUAUAUGUAUGAGCUAUUAUUAUUGUCCGUCUGUGGUUUUCAGAUCUGCUUUUACUUCUUUUUUUUUGCAGGGAAAAAAAAAACAGCUAGUAUGGCAAGUUUAUGGGGAAGGUCAUGUUAAAGUGUACCUGUCAUUCACACACUGUGGAGGCCA